AUGAUGUUAUUUGGGCGUAUCGGGACAGCUUAUAAGAUUCCUAUUGGUAUGAUGCCGUUUAGAUUGGUCUAUGGGAAAUCAUGUCAUUUACCAGUUGAGGUGGAACAUAAAGCACAUUGGGCUAUCAAGAGCAUUCAUUUGGAUUUGAAAGAAGCAGGAGAACGGAGAAAUCUCCAACUCAAUGAGCUUGAUGAAAUGAGGUUGGAUGCGUAUGAGAAUGCCAAGAUUUACAAGGAAAGAACAAAGAAGUGGCAUGAUCAACAUAUCCUCCAUAGAGAGUUUAGAGAAGGGAACUUGGUUCUUCGAUCGAGAAGUUUAGUACUUUACCCUUCCCGAUCCUUCAUCAUUGUGAGCAUUGAAGGGGUCGAGCGCAUGACCAUUAAAUGA